AUGACGUAUUCCUGCGACACGUCACUGAAUUCCAAAAGCGGUGUUGUGUCGAGCUCUACAACAGCGUUGAUCAAGGGUUCGGUGUCUUCAGAAUGGGUACGUUUUAAAAAUAUAUUUUUUAAUCUCUUUAAAAACUAUACUGGGAAUGCGCACGGUUGUGUUUUAUGUACAAAUUCGGGCUAUUCUGCCACGCACUAUGCAACUGGGUCGCUUACUAAGCAACAUAUAGAUGGAUAACGCGUUAGCUAGCAAACGUAAACGCAAUAAUUACUGUCGUCUCGCGAACAGCUACUGUGUUAUUUAAGUUGAUCAAGCUAUCAAAUCCCCCCUAACGUGUCUGAGUCACUAAUUGUAGUCACUAACUGGUCGUGAUUCGUAAAUACUGACAGUUUAGUCAAAACAUUCUAGCUAGCUAACUGUACUGCUAACCCCAUGUGCCAACAAGCUGAGUACUUGUAGCCCAGCUAACGUUACAGCGUCAAAUAGCCCACCAAUUAGUUGACUAACGUUAAUCACUAACUAUCUAUUCAAAUACCUUUUUUAUGUUUAAAUGCAGGAACGUGACACUAUGUAUGUCAGAGACACAUAGUAACAUGUGAGCCUUCUGUAGCGCUGAACUUACUGGACCUUUAUGGCACAGACCACAACAGGAUAUAGCCAAAGACACUAGCUAGCUAAUAUAGUUAUUAGGUAGCUGGUGUGCUUACCCUGUAACCACAGGGAUACUGGUUCAGCCCCUGGUUCAACUGUUCCCCCUUAAUCGCUACAGUAGUAGUACUAACGUUAGCACUAGCUCAGGAAAACCUUAUUAUUAUAUGUGAAUUUCUGGGCGACUAGACGCUGUGCUGCGUAUUGCGCCCGGCACUGGGUGAAAAAAUCUGUGAUGUGCUUGAGCAUCGCUUGAUAAGUGUUGCUAAUGCCAAAAAAAAAUGAAAUAUUACCUCAAAAUUACUCUGCUGCUGCACUACAGUCUAUCUUCCGCUCCAUCAGUGCAGUUGAUCACCAUGGCUAUACACACAAGAAAUCCUACCUUACUAAAACUCGUUCUCUCUUCAGGCCUAGGCCUACUCACUGGUGGGCUCCCAGUCGAAUCACUCACCCUCGGGCUAUCAUCAACUCUCUUCACUGCCUCAGCAUAGGAAACUUUCUGCCCCACUCGGAACUCUGACAAUCUCAACCUCUCUCACAGGGCACUUUGGAUACCCAGCUGCAUGGGCACCCCCACAGUUGACACAGUGCUUUCUCUAUCCCAAAUUUACACUCCCUCUGACUAUGCCCUCCUGCACAUUUCUCACAUCGUGGGAUCUCCCUUAUACACACUGCUGCAUCAUGUCCGAAUCUUUGGCACCUGAAGCACCGUAGCAGUUUGGAACAUAGGCCCUCAAAGAAUACAAAUAUAACCUAAUCUGACCUUAUCUGGUAGAAACUCUGUGUCAAGGCUCAACAAGACAGAUUAGGUAUUCUCAGUCUCGCCAUUGCCACUGGGUCUGUCUCACCAAUUUAUCCACCACUACACUCAACACUACCCCACUGAUCUUCUUUGAGCGGUCUCUGCUCCGGAGAGCAAAGCACGACACCGGUUGAGCCCUGAGAUGCGUCACACCCGCUUCCUCUGGGCGGAGGAUGCACAAAAAAUUUAAAGAAUUGCACUUCUCGAAACUUUCACAGAUGUAACCAUUCCCAGUUUGUCCCAGCUUGACACAAUGUAUUGGUAGGUCAAAAAGCAGGAAUCCACUCUUUCCAAAAACUGCACUCCUACCGGUCUAAAAUCAUCUCCGCUAGGAUUCUCAGGGCAAACGUUGAACAUCUCUACUACCUGUCGCCGCAGGUAGGCCCACUUCAUCCUGGUCUGGCUCAACCUUGCGUUCACCACUGCUGACCGACUGCCAUUUCAAGAUCCUCAAGGUUCUCAAGAGAGCAACUAAACCUAGAUGUAAGUUUACUUGGUUUGUAUUCAGGAGACGAAGGUCUGAACUUAGCGCAAUUCUUAUGCCUUCGCGUCAUCGCACUUCCGUCCUACCACCUGCACCCCUUCCGGAAACUGGGGGAGCAUCAAAGAUGUCGUUAGCUCAACUGUUCGGCACAGUCCCGUUGACAGCACUAUGGAAAGCCCUUCUCUCCAGAGGGUUUUCAGCGGUUCGCUUCGCCCACAGCUGGCCGUGUGAACGACAAUUCCGACACUGUUAUAAACAUCAAUAAUCAUCGCUUGCGAAAUGGUUUUCAAAUAAAGAUACACUUACUUUGUGUGCUUCCAGUUGACAAACUACACUUCCUCCCCAGUUAGCUUACAUUCAGGUGUUCAGAGAGCUAGAUUUUUUUUUUAUUUAUUUCACCUUUAUUUAACCAGGUAAGCCAGUUGAGAACAGGUUCUCAUUUACAACUGCGACCUGGCCAAGAUAAAGCAAAGUAGUGCAAUAAAAACAACACAGAGUUACAUAUGGGGUAAAAAAACAUAAAGUCAGAAAUACAACAGAAAAUAUAUAUACAGUGUGUGCAAAUGUAGCAAGUUAUGGAGGUAAGGCAAUAAAUAGGCUAUAGUGCAGAAUAAUUACAAUAGUAUUAACACUGGAAUGCUAGAUGUGCAAGAGAUUAUGUGCAAAUAGAGAUACUGAGGUGCAAAAGAGCAAAAUCAAUAACAAUAUAGGGAUGAGGUAGUUGGGUGGGCUAAUUUCAGAUGGGCUGUGUACAGGUGCAGUGAUCGGUAAGGUGCUCUGACAACUGAUGCUUAAAGUUAUUGAGGGAGAUAAGAGUCUCCAGCUUCAGAGAUUUUUGCAAUUCGUUCCAGUCAUUGGCAGCAGAGAACUGGAAGGAAUGGCGGCCAAAGGAGGUAGAUAGGGAGAUAGAUAAUUAGCACAGGUGGUCACCUCUGUCUUCCGUAAACAAGCGCUGUAAAGUGGCGAUAUGGCCGUGUGGGAACACUAACCCUAUAAAGGUGUGUAGUAAUUUAACCUUUUAACAGACUUAACAAAACUCAGCCGGGAAGAAGAUACAGUACCUUCAUCAAUAGGAGCUAAAGGUAGUUCACGUCUAUGAUUGGGCUAUACUAGCACUGAUUGUCUGUGUAGCUCAUCUCAUGUCCAUGUGCUGUAGGUGGGUGGUUUUCCAGUCUCUUCUCUGGCCUGUUUGGCACCAGAGAGAUGAGGAUCCUGAUCCUGGGGUUGGACGGAGCCGGUAAAACGACCAUCCUGUACCGCCUGCAGGUCGGAGAGGUGGUCACCACCAUUCCAAGUACGUAACGCUUUUCUUUCUACUUCGAAAGACGGUUCAGGCAAGAUCUGUUGCCUAGUUCCAGGUGGAUACAUGGAAAAUCAAUUAGUGUGCUCCACAAUGAGUUGAAUUAGUCUUCCCACAUGUUUGUACACAAUGUCAUACAUAGAGGGAUGGUUAAAGUGCAUUCCUUUCUUUGCCACGUGUGCUCAAGGUUUUUAAUUACAUUUACAUUUUAGUCAUUUAGCAGACGCUCUUAUCCAGAGCGACUUACAGUUAGUGAGUGCAUACAUAUUUUUCCCCAUACAUUUUUUCAUACAUUUCUUACAAUAACAAUUCACUCAGUCAUUGUUUGUAAGCCAUUUAAUGUAGUUCAUUCAACUUAAACAAUUUCCUAUGAGACAACACAACUAUUCAAGGAAAUAACCUUUUUACUCCAUCCACAUAGCAUUUAGUCAUUGUGUAUAUUGCCCCAGUGCUGCAUACUUUAGGAAUGACAAAAGCAGCAAUAUGAUCAUAGGUUGCAGGAUCAACAUCAAGUUCUUUUAAAGAACAUACAAACAUGAAGUGUGAUUACAAAAAUACAUAUAGGCAAGCACAAACGAUGUGCAAAUGGAACUUCAUCCAUUUGCACAUCGUCUUGCUUUAGUUGGUUGUUGUAUUGUUCAAAUCACAUUACAAUCACACCCAUGAAGAGAAGUCGUAGGACCAUCAGCAAACAUAUCCUGCCAUGAUACCACCUGGCAUUAUUUUCCCAGAUUUCUUGAAUCUCAUUCCCAUCACUAUUGUCAGCGCUCCUGAGGCAACGAGGGAGUAGAAAGUCUUGGUUGGGUCAUUUGAAAUCAUGAAGGACCCAUAGGCUGCUAUGCUGCCAAACAAUAGCCCAGCUAUCAAUGACGUGACACUACCUUUUCUCUUGUAUCCCAUGAAUCCCCCAAGGUCUAUGGCUGCAGCGUAGCCAAAUCCAAGCCAGUCAAUUGCCAUUGCAGUGACACCUGUGCUCCCAAUGAGUUUGUUCGUUUUGCAUGGCCCGGUGUCGUCGUCUUCUUUUAAUCUCUGCCAUUGUUUUGUACAGCGAUCGGCUUCAACGUGGAGACGGUGACGUACAGGAACCUGAAGUUCCAAGUGUGGGAUCUUGGUGGACAGACGAGUAUCAGGUAAUUAUAUGAAUAUCACAACAAGCGUUUCCUUUUUAUGUAUACACAUACAUUGUUGAAUGUAAAAGGUAGACAGAAGUUCCUCAAGACGGCACAACUUUCAUAUACAUUGUGCCAUACCUCUUUAUAAUUUAGAGGGUUUGGCCUACUUGCCUCUGCCCUUCCUUCUCUCUCCCCCUAACCUUUGUCUCUCUCCUUGUAUCUCUCUCCCAGGCCAUACUGGCGUUGUUAUUACUCCAACACAGAUGCUGUCAUCUACGUGGUGGACAGCAGUGACAGAGACAGGAUGGGCAUCUCUAAGUCUGAGCUUGUCGCCAUGCUGGAGGUAGGUCAUGUGGUGUGGGUGGCUAGGCCUACAUUCAUUGCAUUAAUAAGACUGCAGGUGUCAUUUGUGUAUGAGGCAGCGAUAAUGACCAUUGGUUGAGGUGCUCUGGAGGGCAACUUUGGGCAAAUAGUAAAGCUCAAUGUAUUUUCUCCAUAUGACUAACUCGCGCGCUCUCUCUCUCUCCCCCUGUGUCUCUCUUCAGGAAGAGGAGUUGAAGAAAGCCAUCCUGGUGGUGUUUGCAAACAAGCAGGACAUGGAGCAGGCCAUGACCCCGGCUGAGGUGGCCAACUCCCUGGGCCUCCCCGCCCUCAAAGACCGGAAGUGGCAGAUCUUCAAGACCUCCGCCACCAAGGGCACGGGCCUGGACGAGGCCAUGGAGUGGUGAGGGUUUGCUUUUGGUUGACAUUAUAGUCACGUAACAGAUGCUCUUUUCAACAGUGAUUUUACUAUACUUGCAUUUAACCUCACUGAUUUCAGUUCUCAUGGACUAGAACAGGCUGUCAUCUCCAGUUGGUUAACCACACAGUCACUGUGGGUGAAAUGAUAACCACAUAACCUCUGCUCUACCUAUUAAUAUGCUAUUUUAUCAUAUGGAGAAGAGACGUGUCCUGUCCUUGUCCCACCCCUUUCCCUUGGGUGUUUCCCCUCAAUAAACCCACAGUUGACAUUGCGCAACACCAUGUCACCUGCAUGUUUGUGUAUUAUUACUCAACAAUGUUUGCUCUCUCUCUCUCUCUCCAUAGGCUGGUGGAAGCCCUGAAGAACAGGCAGUAAAGACAGCUCACACCUCUUGUUCUCUGUAAAUACUCCCGACUUCCUGUAUAAAAUACUUCCUGAUUGGACCGCACAGGAGGACCAGUGACUGCACUCCUUCCAGGGGCACGUUCAGUACGCAAAUGUAGAUAGAAAUGUCAUGAAUAGAGCUGACGUGAUUCCUUACUCUACAUGUUAGAUGUCACGUGUUUGUUCUACACAAUGCAUUUCUAUAUGAAGGUUCCACAACGUACCCUGCUGAACACAGCUCUGCCCCAUCCCUGAUGCCUGAAGCCUUUGCCAUGCAUAGCCCCUCCAUGCCUUCCAGCCUGGGAUAGAGGCACUGCAAUAUAGUAUACUACCUGGUCCCAAAAUACAGUUAUCAGCCCAUAGCCCUGUGGUGUUUGGAGAUCUAAAGGGAACCAGAUAGGUGUAGGUCAGACCAGGUAAUGUGGUGACGGCUCCACAUUAGCCCUCCAAUUGGAUGUGUGGCACACAUAAUUAUAUAGUAUCUAUGUGGUGGAGCUUCUGCCAUUUUUGGUGAACCCUUCCAGUUCCUUCUGAUCUGCAAACACCCAAGGGAAAGGGGUUGGUGUUGGCUCAGGCUCAAUUAACAGUGGUAAAGAACUGACUGGCCCCUUCAAGGAAGAGGACCUGAGUGACAGACUGACCUAUGGUGAUGUUACUGCAGCUGGUGCUGUUUUUGUAUUGUACUAAUGCUGAAUCAUUCAUCUGAAUUUUUUUUCGUACAUUUCUAAAACUUCCGUUGGGUGUAUAAAGUUUGGUUGUUAGUUUAGGCCUUUUCAUUGGAAUGCUCAAACUUUAAUCAAACAUUUGGUGUAUAUGCCACUAGUCACUUAGUUGAACACUGAUUCAUUUGUAUGCUACUUUUAUUGCAUAUUUAUGAGCUUGUACAGUGAAAAUGAUUUCACACUGAAUAUAUAAACCUUUGUCGUCAAAUUAUUGUAUAUAAUCUCCCUCAAGAUAAGCGCUAUUAUAAUAUUCAACAGGCCCACUGUGAUACUUUUCCAAUAACAAGAUUGUCUAAAGAAAGUAGCACAAGUGUUUUUAUUUUAAAAAAUUUAACUGCACAAACAUAUAUAAACCCCUUAGACAAUCUUGUAUUUCUCAAAUCCUUGACUGAGAAUUCAUACAGGGGUGGCUUGCCACUGAUGUGCUGACUCCGCUCCUGCAUUAAGUAGGGCAUGAAUGCCUGGUCUUCUCAUCCAUCCUUGCUAUACAAUGGAUAAUAACAUCAUUUCACCAUAGCCAAGUCCUUGAGCGAGUUCCUCUGUCUCUUGGCUUUGUAGCCAGGCCUCAGGAACUCAAUCUUCCUCUUCUUGGCCUCGAUCUUGUUCUUGUGUUUCUUCAGCUUCUUCCUGGCUGCGAUGUCAGGGUUAGCCACCGCCUGAGAGAUAAGGAGUAAAAGGUGAGAUGCUUGGUAUCCAACAUUACCCUGCCAUGAUGAUAUAAAUAUACAAUUAAUAUAAACAUUUGCUUGAGGCAAAACGGUGUCUGCUGUUCUUCAUGUAUUGUAUGGCUAGCUCAAAGCUUUCCCAGUUUGGCACAGCAGCAUGGCCCCAUAGAGCAGGGUUCUCAAAAUGGGGUCCGAAGACGCAACAUUUCACAAUAUUUUAAAAAAUGUAAAUGAAUAUUACUAACAGAUUAAAUGAAUUUUGGCCAAGGAAUAUGUGCAAUAAGUUCAGAGGGUGAAAUACAAUGUAAUAUUAAUCUACAACUUCUCAACCCUGGGUAACAUGGGCCUGGGAGGCUAACAGGGAUAUUGGUAUCCACCAAUGUUAUAUAUUUCAACUUAAUACUUAUUGUAUUCUCCCCACACACACUUUUCUUUUUUUAAAACAAGGAUGGGCAUCUUUUAUGGGGUGGGGUUCACAAAAAAAUCUGAACUCAUGAUGGGCCGCAGUUGCUCGCGGGUCUGCAUACACAAUGGGGGCCCCCCGGAUGGUAAAUCGAUCAUGAUAACAAGUUUAGAUAGCUGGCCGCCAAACUAACUUAGCAAUCAAAACAUAUUUUUGCUGACAUGGGCUAAUUGACUGACUAUCAGUGACUGACAUAAGAGCAAAACUGCUGAUGCACAACCAAUUUUCGAAAUUGCAACUUGUGUAUUCUAUUAUUCUAACUCGCAACAGUAAAUUGAGCCCCCGACUGAUUUCCGCCAGUUGCGCAUCCCUGCUGUAAUUUGAGUUCCGCCAGUUGCGCAUCCCUGCUGUAAUUUAAGUUUUAAAAGUACGUUUUCUCUUUGCUACAUGACAAAAUCUGUAGAAUUGCAGAAAAUGAGCUUGAAAACUGCUAAAUCUUCUCUCCGUGCCAAGAGGUGGGCCUUUAAAAUGUUCCUUCCCAGGGCCCUAGACUUUGUUCGUCCAACCAUGUACUGCCGAAGUCAGUUGAGAACCCCUGCCAUAGAGUACAUACCUGCAUAGCCUUGUGUUUCUUGCGGUUGGCCCUCCUCUGUGAGGCAUCCUUCUGGACGGCUGAGAAGGCCAGGGAGAAGAUCUGCAGCCCCACCUGCUUCUUCAACAGCUCUAUCAGCUCCUGGGACAGGUUUUUCAGGGUGGGAUCUGGGGAGUAAAACAUACAUGUAAUUAGUGCUCUAUUUAAUUCUAUCUCUGAGACAAACACCUACCGAGGGAUCAGUCAGAAGAAAACAACUACACAGAGUUGUGUUGACAUAGAAUAACAAGAGAGCAGUCAGACAACAGGACAGCUACAAUGAGCACAGUCGGAAAAUGAUCACACAAAACAGAGAGAAAACAAAGGCCAAAGAGCCUAGUUAUGAUUAGGAUGAUGAAUUUGAGUAGUGGUGAAAGGGAGAGGAUGAUGAGACAGUGUAGUGUUACCUUGAUCCACAUAGCUGUUAUUAAAUGAUGAGGACAGUACUACAGUAUGUUACCUUGGUCUGCAUAGGUGCUGUCCAGUUCUCUGUAGAGAGGGGCGAUGAUGGUGGUGAGGUAAGGACCCAGCCUGUCUUUACCAAGGUCCACAGCUAUGGCCCCCAGGAACUUAAAUACACAUGUUCUCUAUAGGAAUAACAACAAUACAACCGUUUAUUGCUGAUAUUCAUCAACUCACCAUCUCACCAGCAGUAAAUAAGCAGUGGUGUUGGGAAAAGAUCUAAAAGGACCAUGUAUUGGGGUGUUUGUGUUUACCUUGAGGGGUAUCUUGGGCGUGUCUGCAGCUUCUCUCUUAGCCAUUAGAGACAGCUUCUUCAUCAUCCACAGUAAGGAUGGAGGACGAUCAUCCUUCUCAUCCUCUUCCUCAUCUUCCUGUUUCUCUUCUUCAUCCCCUUCCUCAUCUUCUCCAUCUUUCUCUCCUUCAUCAUUCUCCUUCAUCUCUUCCUCCUCCCCUCCCUCCUCUACUUCCUGGGCAGGUGUGAUUUCAGACUCAGGUGAGAUCAGGUAGAUCACCUUGGCGACGAACAGCAGGUUCUUGAUCACCUGGGGAACGGCAGACGAGACGAUCAAACCUGUCAAUCGAACUACUGCCUGAUGUGUGGCACCUCAGACCUAAAUAGUCUGUUUGCAUCAGUGUAAUGUCGUCCUUACCUGUUCUCCUGUUGACGUGUCCAGGUACUUCGACUGGAGCUGGUGACAGAAAGACAGGACCAACUCUCUCAUCUGGUGGAGGGAAGGAGGGAAAGUCAGUUAAAAGACACAUAAAUCAGUAUAGCUAAACAUCACUUGAAUCAAACCCUUGUUUCCAAUACAAUGCAUUCAAUUAUCUCAUUGUUAUUCAAACCAACAAAAGUUUCAUGUCAUUCUAGAAAGUUGUUCUCCCUGUUCUGUUUCAUUCACUGAUUAGUCCAUCUUGGUGACAUGUUUGAUCUUGGUCACUCUCAGCAGGUCAAGUCAUCGGUUUGCAUCUUUGGCUAAGUGAUGUUCAGUGCCGUCUCACCUUCUUGUCCAGGUUGGUGGUAAGGAAUGUGGUCGCCACUGGUUCUGGUGUGGUGUUGUUGGCACUGCCCUUCUCUGUGGUCUCCUCUCUCCAGCGGGCAACCAGCUGGUCUGGCCGGUGGGCAGCAAACAGCUGACCAAACAGUUGAGAGGCGGUCAGCCACACCCAACAGUGAGGGUAGCGCAGGUGGGUCUCAACAUGACCUGGUGGAGGGGGGAAACGUAUUGCUCCGUUACACCAAGGGUAAGCCAGCAGUUUAGAGGAUAAAAUAUGACAUUCAAUGAUCGAUGAAUUGAUCUAGAUCUAUAGUUCUAGACUUUAUCAUCAACCCAUAGAACAAGAGACAUUUCAGGUGAAAACAUGUAGGCACAUGGGUUUAACCACACUGCUAUACAGAGCAGGCAAUAAGCUUAACGUACCACAGUACUGUAGGCCUAGUUAUCUCACCACAGACAACUGAGAUGUCUGAGGUGAUUUUCAGACUGGGCCCAUCUGAUAGACACAUGAUGUUUGAUCUACAACCACCGCUCCGACCAUAGCAAAUGGCAAGACAGCACAAACAAAUGUGGGACCAGACUAGAGGUAGUAGUGUCUUACCCAGGAUGUUGGUGAGUGUGUCUUGCGGCUUGCUGAGCUCCAGUAGGCUACAGUCCUUGGUGAGUUUGGUGACCAGGGUCAGGUAGCUGAACAGCAGUCUGUCUGCUGCUUUCUCAUCCUGCUCCUCCUCAAUCUGACAGACACACAGACAUAGAGCAGCUGUUAGCACAGGUUAUAUAAAAUAGUAAUUAAAAGACGAAUACCUACAUCCUGCUUAGAUAAUGCUUUUGAAAGUAUAACUUUUCACAUUGUUUAUAUCUUAAAAGUUUGAUUUGUAAAAUAGUUCAUGUUCGACUCACGUCUUCAAAGUUGUCGGGGUGGAUCUCUUUCUCGAUGAGGGGUAGCAGGGCAUCUAGACGACGGCCAAACUGAACCCCCUCUACCUCCACAAACAGCCCACACACCUGGGCCCCGAGACGACGCAGAGACACCUGGGGGUAGGGGUCAGAGGUUACAGCAGGAGAAUAUGGGGUGGAUCUCAAUAGUCUAAAGUGGAUUUCUCUCCUUUCCAUUAUUUGCACUUUAUCAGACAUUUACAUUGCUUUAUUAGACACGUAGAGAAAGCCAAUUAAGACUAAUGUGUGUGCGUGUGUCUGCAUGUGUGUGUGUCCGUGCAUCCAUACCUUGUCUGCAGACAGCCAAGUGUUGACCAGGGUGAACAGGGUGUUCUGGUGUUCCUGGUCCAGUUGACUCAGCAGUGAUUUGAUGGCCACUGCGGCCAUCUUCUUACAGCGAGCCGAGUCAUCGUUCACCAUGGCCAGAGCCAUAGGGACAAAGAACAACCCACUGUGCUGCAGCAGCAGGUUCUAGGACAGAGACAAAUCAGAUACACACAGGAGUAGAAUUAGGUUGUUCCAAAAGACUGAUCUAAUGUCAGUUUUGGUGAGAGUUUCUAUAGUCAACUUCUAACAGGAGCAGUGGGUGUAGAACGCGAACAGAGUUACUGCGAGUCUAACUCAGGUAAUUAUGGGAUGUGUGUGUCAGGAGGGUUGUCUUGGAUACCUGAGGGAAGGUCUGGAAGAUAUAGGCCAUCAUCUCCAGAGCAGCCUCUCUUCCUGUGUCAAACUCAUAGCUAACACACAGAGAGAGAGAGAGAGAGAGAGAUAGAGAGAGAGAGAGAGAGAGAGAAAGAGAGAUUUUAGUAUCAAACAAGUCACAAACAAUCGACUUACAUAUUAAAUAACGAAUCCCUUUAAACACACAUAUAUCCUACCUGAGCUGGGCCACGAUAAAGUCCAGAUGUGAUCUCAGUUUCUUCCCCAGAGGAUAAUCCAGGAUAUACUUCUGGUAAAUCUACAGGUGAAAAUAAUAGAAACACUAAAAUAAGAAUCUAAAAAUAAUACAAAUUGUUGCCUAAAGCACAGUUAAACCACUGUUUUAUAAUUCACCUUCAAAAAUAAAAUACAAACGGUAAAAUACAGGGUUAAAUAUGAAUAUAAAAAGAAACACAAAACCGUACAUGUCUGCACUGGACCCUGAUCAUGCCGUUCUGCCCGGUAACAGACAGCUUGGCAACUUUCUUCAUCAGCUCCUCCAUCUCUGGUACUACCAGCUUCCUGGACAGGAUUGCCUGUAGGGGGAGAUAGAGAGGAUGCAGUCCAUAUUACAGAGGAGGACAGAAUACGAAUUUCAUUAUAAACUUUCAUUAUAAUACAUCUAUAUGUCUGGUUAAAUAAAGGUAUAAAAAUGUUGGGGUCUGAUGUAUUAGCUGUAGCAAUAAAGUAUGGUCUCCAUCUCCAUCUCUCUCCUAGAUUUGGAGGGCGUUAGCUACCUUUAACAGCCCGAAGGCUGUCGCCUGA